AUGACUGCUGCUGCAGUGCCAGAACCCGAGAUUCAGCGUGAAUCGAUGAGUGCACUGGAUAAGAUGAAGCGCUUGGUCGGGUUGAACGGGCGGGGAGCUAACCCGAUCGGGCAUGGUGUGGCCACCCCCAUCAAUUACAUUCACGACAGCCAUCUCCUUGAACAAAACGAAGACGCGAUAAUUGACCACCCCGCCCAGCUUCUCGAUUGUGCCGCCAUCAUCGAGGGUGUUACUCCUCCCUCCCCUUCCAAGGCACCUUUUACGCGUGGGCACCGCCGUCGUUCCACCCACGUGAGUCGGCGUGACCUUGAGAAGUUUCAGAAGGAGGUCUUAGGCGUUGAAAAUCACGCUUCCUUCUACGACGAGGAAAACGGCACCUCACAUCCUAUUCAUCCGUACGAUCCUCAACUCGAGGAAUUGAACCGAGCCUUUGCGGAAGCCGAUAUGUCGAUGAACAGCGGUACAGGAAUGUCUGGCAAUCCGGGGUCUGGCAUGUUGUUCUCGGGUUACGUGGACAACUCCCCUGGUACCCCUAACAUGGGCAGCGUCCCUCGCCAACCCGUGCAAUCCCUGCCGCCUGCAAUCCCACACCCGGCGAACCAGAUGAAUGGAACAGGCAUGGCUGCGAUGAAUGGAAAUGGACCGAUGAAUGCGGGCCACCAGAUGGAUCUCCAUCAUCUCUACGAUAUGGUGCUGGAAUUGAGUGAGGUUUUGAAGAAUAACCGAGAGGUCACUAAGAAUAUUGUUACAAGUGCUGAGGAAAUCAUGAAACAUGGGUCUUCAGAAGGUGCUAGUCCUGCAAUGCAACAAGUCAAUGGUGAAAUCACAGCUGCCCGAAUCUCUGAACUCGAACGAGCGCUCGCGAAGGAGAAGCGAACGGUUGAAGACCUGAAGCGGGAACAAUCCGAAAACACCAAACUCAUUGGAGACUACGAGUCUGGGGUGGGUACAAUGGUAGAACAGAUCCGCAACUACUGUCAGAACAACAACAUGCAUUUCUUAUAUCAGAAGAGUCAUUACAACAAUCUCCUACAGGCGGAACGGGAUGCACAUCUGGAGAGUCGGCUGGACCGCGAUUAUUGGCAUACCCAAACGAUGCGGUGUGCAGAGAUGAUUCGAAACGCCCAUCGGUUACGAUCGGACGAGGAUGAGAUGCCCGUUAGCAUUGUCGCUGGGCUGCAAAAUGAGGUUCGCGCAUACCGUAACGCCCUCGGAAUGGAGCCUGAAAGACCCGAAGAGGAGUACGGCUGGGAGAUCCUCAAGCAUACCUCUAGUGCGGAAUAG